AUGUUUAAUAUGAGCACUGCUGAUCUACAGAAUCAUAAUGAAAGAUUCAAUCAGAGCAUGCUGCCUGCUGUUGCUGCGUCUGCCUCAUCCUCGUUCAUGCGAGAAGAAGAUGAUUCUUACAAUCAAGAUAACAAGUCCGAGACGUCUUCAAGGGGUGGCAAUGCCAAAUCAAAAAUGUUCCAAUGCACUGGUUACGGUGAAUGUCGUAUGGUGUUUACUCGAAGCGAGCAUUUAGCCCGUCAUAUGAGAAAGCAUACAGGAGAAAAACCGUUUCAAUGUGUCGUCCCCGGCUGUGAACGUAUGUUUAGUAGAUUUGACAAUAUGAUGCAGCAUACACAAACCCACAACAAAACUCGUGGCCCACGACGCACUAAAACGACCUCAACCAAGUCUAAGCGGGGUGGCAAGAAAUCAGGCAACAAUUUAUCUCGACGUGCUAGUUCCUCAUCAAGCGAUUAUGAUGAAUAUGGACCUUUGCCUUCUCCUCCUCCUUCUCGCAGAGGCUCCUCCAACAACAUUAUCAAGGAAAAUCAAAUCAUUUUACCUAACCCUAAAUAUCUCGAAGUAGAUGAAGACAUGGACGAGCUCAUGACAAGUGAAGAUGACGAUGAUGAUUAUGAAUUCUACCAAAACGACACCAAGACAAUCACCUCUACUUCUCGCUUCCCUGAUUCACCAGCAUCCUCCUCUGAUUCGUCUUUGAGAAACAACAGCACAACCACAUCCAAACUGAGCCGACGUCGUAGAUCCGCACCUCAAGUACGUUACCAACCUUAUCCAUACAACAACGCUUGUUCAGAAAAGCAGAGCAAUAGGCCACGAGAAAGCAUCCCCCGUCGUAACUCUGCCUUGUCUGAAUUAGCUACAUAUCUCGUUGAUCAUCCCGGUCAGUCUCCUGAAAGCUAUCUGACUAAAUUCCAUAGCCAAGAGAUGCAGUUGAAGCAUCAACAACAACAGCCAUUGCCGCCUAGAUUACCCACUCGACGUUUGUCUAUUCAGGACCUGUCUAAUCCCAUCGAGACACUGGACGAUGAUAGCAAGCAGCAUAAUAAACCAGAAUGUAAACAUCCGCAGCAGGAACCCGAACAGCACAGACAAGAUGGCGUUGAUCUAACCGAAGAUGAGUUCCAGGCUAUUCAAGGUUUUGGCCAAUUUUACAAAAGUGCAAUUACGUGUAAUAAAUAA